GCAAAGACGAGAAAAACGUGUUAAUCUAUUUAACGUUUCGUUUCGCAUGGUUUAAAUUCGUUCCUCUUUUACCGCGACUGGAGUUUUGGGAAGACGGUAACGAAAGUGUCGCUAACGUGAAUGGACGUGUGUUCUGUAGUCGCCCACAUUUAAUUGGUUCGUGAUAAUUAAUAGAUCGUGUAAGAAGUUAGUGAAAAUUGUUUUGUAAAUAAUGAAAGGAGGAACAGACCAGAAGGUAUCGGGACAAUACAGCAAUAUGACCUACAGCAGUAAAUAUUUACCCAGAAUUGAUGCUGAAAAAGGAUUUGAUGCUCACGAAGCCAUAUUAAAAGCGAACGCACGGACGAAAAAAUGGAUCGCACAUUCUGUGGCAGUGGGCAGUGUGGCUGUGUUGACCCUUGCCGGGAUCAUGGUGGGACUUUAUUUGUCGGGAAACUUAAAAGACGAAAAGCAAGAACUGCCGGUGGUAGAAGAGAAUGCAUUGGCUGGACGGGGUGACGCUCUAACUGGCGGGGCGAUGGCUGGAGGAGCAGACAAAAGAAAACUUGACGGAAGUUUGAACGCCUUGGGCGGGAUUGCGGCAACUACACAAAGACCGACGCCCCCGCCACCGGUACAAAAUAACUUUGAUGCUGGUUUAGUAUUAGCAGCGUCUGGUACAGAUGUUAUCGAAAAUGUCCAAGACACCGUUAGUGAUAUUUCAGAAAACAUGAACGAGGCAGUCAGCAAUGCUGCUGAUACAGUGGCUGAUGUCGCUGAUACAGCGGCUGAUAUCGUCGGCGAUCUUCUUGAGAUGCCCGGUGAAAUGGCUGAACACGCAGGGGAACUACUUGGUGAUUUAGAUAAUUCAAUGAUGGAAACCCUGAAUGAAAUGUCAGAAAAUGUGAAUGAUAACGUCGAAGAAAUGAUAGAAAACCAACAGUCAUUAACAGAAUCGGACGCAUUAAGCAUGGAAGACCUUCUAGAAACAAUGGAAGAUCAAGUUGAAAAUGCCCUAGAACUUCUAACCGAGCCUAACGAACUUAUUGAGGAAAUUCUUGAGCAAGCAGGAGAUGUAAAUGAUGAUUCCAAUGACAGUGACAGUAGCGAAUCAAAUGACGAUGACAGUGACAGUAAGGAUGAUGAUGGUGACGACGAUAGUGAUAGCAGUGAUGAUGACGAUGAAAGUAAUAGCAAGGAUGAUAAUGAUGAUGAUGACAGUGAUAACAGCAGCGAUGACAGUGAUGAUAAAGAUGAUGACAGUGAUGAUAACAGCGAAGAUAAUGACGAAAACGAUAGUAAAAGCGAUGAUAGUGACAGUGAUGACAACGAUGAUGAUGACGAUAGUAAAAGUGACGACAGUGAUGAUAGUAAGGACGACAGCAAAGACGAUUCAAAUGAUGAUAGCAAGGAUAGCGACGAUAGUGACAGCAAAGACAGCGACGAUAGUGACAGCAAAGAUAGCAAUGAAAGUGACAGCAAAGAUAGUGACGAUGAUGAUAGCAAAGACAGCGACGAUAGCGACAGCAAAGAUAGCGAUGAUAGUGACAGCAAAGAUAGCGACGACAGCGACAGCAAAGAUAGCGAUGAUAGUAAAAGCAAAGAGAGCGACAGCAAAGAUAGCGACGAUAGUGACAGUAAAGAAAGCGAGGAUAGCGACAGCAAAGAUAGCGACGAAAGUGACAGCAAAGAUAGCGACGAAAGUGACAGCAAAGACACUAAUGAUGACGGUCGAGAAACUGAUGAUAUAAGCGAUAUAUUUGAAGAAAUUUUCGACAGCAAAGAUAUUCCUGAUGAUGUAAAAAGCACUUCAGAGGAUAAUGAUGAUAAAGAAGACAAAAAUGAUAAAGAUGACUCUGCCACUAAAGAUUCAGAUGAUUCUAGUUCCGAUUCCCUUUCUAAAAGAUUUGAAUUUCCUUCUUCAAAAGCAGACGACAGCGAUGACAGCGGCUUACUUUCUAUUCUUUCUAACAAGCGUUCAAAUGACGAAGAUUCGGAUUUAACGGAAAGGAUUCUUGAGACGACUUCCGGUGUUCUCAGUGGAAGAUUACCAGAAACACAGGAUUCAGAAGACGUAGAUAUUGGAGAAAGAUUUAGUUUUCAAAACCCAUUAUCAAAUAUAGAUAUUUCAGACAGAAUAAGUGACGGUGUUGACACAAUGCGAGACUAUACAAACAUGGAUGAUUCUGGUUUCCCAAAUCUAAGUUAUGAUUUUCAAAACCCAGUUAGUCACGUCAACGACUUUGUAAGUGACAUUUCGGACACGUUCCAAAAUACGGUUAAACAGGCGAGUGAAUUUGUUAGUGAUUUUUCGGACACAUUUCAAAAUCCAAUGAGUCACGUGGGCGAAUUUGUAAGUGAUAUUUCGGAUACGUUCCCUGAUCGCCCAGCACCGGAUUUCUCUCUCCCAGAGUUUACAUUAGACACGUCUUCUUAUUUCACGAACCAAAACGAGAAUUCUGAUCAUUGGUUAAAUGGUGGUUUGAGCACAUUCGAUAACAGCCCAUCUAAUUUUGGUAACAAUGAGGAGAGUGAGGAAUUCCAUUCCGAAAAUGAAGAAUCUUCGUGGGACGAUUAAUUUAUGUAACCUUAUUUAAUUUGAGGACAGGUCUCUGAAUGACUAUUUAAUUAUUGGAAGUGCAUGGAUUUUAAGUAGGCUGAGUAAGACUCGCAUAAAGCAAACUUGUGUUAUGAAAGUCCUAUUUAUUUAUGAAUUGAUAUUUAUUUUUUUAUAUUAAAACAAAACCAAAGAUAACCAUUUUAAGCAUAGCUUAGAGGACAAAAUUAUUUUUGAAGAGGAAAAAUGCAUUCCUACUAGUGUAAAAGCAUAAUUGAUUAUGUAUUUUUUUCUGUCUUUCAAGAAAGUAAAUUAAUCAAUUAUUUAAAUAUUUUAAGAUGAACGGAAUUUUGCAUCUAGUUAAUGAUGGUCCAAUGCCUAUAUAUAGUUACAAAUUUAUGACUUGUGGUCACAGGUAUAAAUUUAUAACUUGUGGCGUUUUUAUGAAGUGAUGGUGAUUCAUUUAUUUCAACAUUUAAGUUCUUGCUCGUAUUUGUUUGUUUCAACGUAUUUGUUUGUUUCAACGAUAAGAUUUUUUUAUAUUUUUUUCUCCGACACAAACUGGUUAAAACUUGUUUUCGGCCCGUAUGCUUACAAUAAUUUUUUGCGAAUUUACAUAUUUUACUUUGCAUAUACAUGUACUUUAAAUUUUCUUGUCAACACCAAGGAGAAAACAACAAUGUUAUUUCAAAAUUUCUUUGUUUUUAUACCUUUAUAAAAAAUCUGACAAUUAACUGACAAUUGUAACUAGUAUAUUUGGGCUUUUUGAUUUAUUAAUACGUCGGCUAAACGACGUAAUUCAUAGUUGUUGUUUUUUUGGAUAUGAUAUAUCAAAAUCAGACAAGUAUCCUGCUGACAUUUGAAUGGAUUUGAUCAGAAUUAGUAAAAUAGUAACUUACUGGGAUUACAAUAUCAAAAUACACCGUCGACUCCCGUUAUCUCGAAGUCAUCGAGACCGUCUAAAGAUGUCGAGAUAACGAAAUGUCGAGGUAAACGUAUUAGAGUUUGAACAAGAAAGAAACUCAUAUUAUUAUCAUUAUUACAAAAAAAUGAGCUAAAACAACAUAGAUCCUAGAGAGACAUCAGCAGAUGUAGGCUCGUUUUAAACGCUUAUUUCGAACUUUUAUAGUAACUUUUUAAAGUAAAUACAAAAAUGUACGGAAACAAGUCUAGUAAAAAGGAUGAUUUGUCCUAGAGCUUUUUAUUUUGCUUUAUUAUCAAACAUAAUGAUUAGGUUUGAGGAAAAUAUUGCUUUUCUAGCUUCAAAACUGACUUUCUUUUGACUAAUCAUCUGAUUUUAAGGUAUAGAAUGGUGGCCGGUUCCUGCUUAAAAUAUAUUUUCGUCACAUUUGUAAUAUUUCUUAUGAUGUUUUAAUCAUGUUUGCUGAAGUAACAGUCCAAAUUUUUUGUUAAAUAAAUCUGUUAAAAAUGA